AUGGUGACCCAGGCGAAACCCGGGAUUACAGACAUCCUUCGUGUGGAUGGAUCUGUCACGGAUGGCAACAAAGCUGCAGCUAGCACCUUGGUUGAAUACUACCCGACGCGUCACCCUGGCACGUUUCGGUACUAUCUGGUACCACAAUUAGCCAAUAAACGUCUACAAUUCCCACGAGUGUUUUUGUCUGCUUCGGGCAACGAGACACUAGGAGGUCGCGCGCAUAUUGAGACUCGUAAGAAGACAUACCGGAAGGCCGUCAACUCCGAGGAACGUCCACCGGUAGAGUAUAGGGAGCUGGACCUACUGGCUAUUAGGUUUAAGCCAGUAGCCUUCAUCCCCCAUGACCCCGAAGUGUGGUUUGCGGAUUUAGAAACGCAGUUUGUCGCCCGUAAGGUGCGAAGCCAGCGCUCCAAAUACUUUUACGCAGUAGAGGAGAUCCCUGGCGACCGAAUGUCCGCCAUCAGGGAUAUUAUCCUUAAACCACCGGAAAAGGAGGCGUAA